AUGUCCGGUCGAGGCAAAGGUGGAAAGGGUUUGGGGAAAGGAGGGGCCAAAAGACAUAGAAAAAUCCUUCGAGAUAACAUCCAAGGCAUCACCAAACCCGCCAUUAGACGCUUGGCUAGGCGAGGGGGCGUGAAGCGUAUCUCGGGCCUAAUUUACGAAGAGACACGUGGAGUGCUGAAGGUCUUCUUAGAGAAUGUCAUUCGUGACGCUGUAACUUACACUGAACACGCCAAACGAAAGACAGUUACCGCUAUGGACGUUGUAUACGCGCUUAAACGCCAAGGACGCACCCUGUACGGUUUUGGUGGCUAA